ACAUAUAUGGUGUAAGCAGCUUGGUUGCUUCCUUCACACCGCCUCACCGUUAACUGUGGUGGUUUUCUUCAUUGUCGAUAAACACAAGACUUUCCAAGCUGCUUGCCACAUCAGGCUUCUUCUUUGCCGCCUCAAAUAGCUUAAUCAUCGGAGGUUACGCCUGGAUCCCAUUUCAAAGUGGCAGUUGUUCUGUAGGCAUUAGGCAUGUUCCAAUUCAACGCUAUAUGCUUCUUCUCCAGUUGAUUAAGCUUUCAGGUGCCAUCUCAAAACGUGUCGAUGUAUAAGUAGAUCUAUAUUACACUGAUUUUCCUCCAUACGACACCUCCCAUGUACUCCGUUUUACUUGUCUAUUUUGUCGACUAUCCUGUGGGUCUCUUCUUCUUCUUCAUGCCUCCACCAUGGCUCUCAAUUUUAAACCACCUGAUGCUUGCUUCUUUCUUCUUGAAAGACCCUCCGUCAUACCAAGUUACUAUUCAGGAUCAUUCCCUCUUUACAUUUUUCCGAUCCGCUGACAUCACUGAUGUCGGGCCAGUUGGCAACCACGGUGGUGCGGGACAGCUGACGUCCCUUCCUCCCUCUGAAAAAAAAACCACCACAACAUCAUCCCCAACGUAUCAAGACCACAACCUAACACCCUCGCGACCAAUGUACAUCAAGGAAUCUGCCAGCCACCACCACUAACACUUUUUUAGGUUGGAUGUUUGUUUGGGUUUGGUUUCUUGAAGGUGUUUAUGGUGUUCUAGGACUCCUCAGAUAUGGUUCAUGAACGAAUGACACAAAAAAAUGUUGAUGGCAUUAUAAAAGGCAGCUGACUGUAUGGCUGCUUAGCCGCAUUUCGGGACAGCUGACUAUAUGGUCGACAGUUUUCUAGAUUCUGGGGCAGUUGCCGCCAUCCUUCCUUCUAUGGUUUCCAGUGAUCUUCAGCCAAGAUAUGGUGAUCAAAUUGGUAACAGGAGCUUUUAAUAAAAAAAAUGACAAGAGAAUUGAUGGCAGGGUUGUGUGCAUCGAGAUUGCUAAUGGGGGAGGUUUUAUGGUAUAAUGAAUGGUAAACAAUUUGUCUUCUAUUUAAUGACAUUGCUAUAAUUAGGUUUAUUAUAUUUUGAAAAUUACCCACUUAUAGGAGUACCCGUGGAACUUUUACAAUAAUUUAAAGCUUUUGAUUUCUAAUUCCACAUAGAUCGAUACCAUGAAUAGGAAAUAAGACAUUUAGGAAUACUUGAACUUGAAUUGUUGCUUCACCCCAAAAUACCCCAUACAUUCAACCAUUAUUAGUUGAAGUGUUUGUUGUACACUAAGAUGUAUAUAUUAUCUCGUAUAAUUAAUCUAAAAUAAAGAAAGAACAAGUAGCUAAGGAUUGACUUAAUUUUUUUCUCUUACAUUGUUCUAUUUUGUUAACUUUUUUAUUCUUAUUAAGGCAUAGUUCUUUGAAAAGAUUACUUAGUUAUAGCAUUGUAUUUAAAAAAAAAAAUUGAAGGUUAGUAUUAUUAUUUUUUUCAUUUUAUUUUUGUUACAUAAUCUUACUAUUUUUUUGUAUUGUUUCAAUACAAGAGCAAAAUGAUGAAAAUAUGAGUGAAUGGGUGUACACCGACUCAUAUAAAUUACAAUCCCCAAUUUAUUAGGCUUUUAAUUUUUACAUCAACUGUCCCAAUUAGAUUAUUGCUCUCUAGCUUCGCUUACAGAGCAAGAAAUUCCAAAUGAAAAAAAAAAAGUAACACUUUGAUAGCCAUCAUGAUAACACUAUUAACGUGUUUUAGCUUUAAAAUACCCUCAAGAUCCAUGUUGGUAUCAUCUUUUUUUUUUUAAAUCGAAUAUGUGAAUUUGUAGGGAUAUCCAAAGGACCAAUGCCAAUGAUCCAGAUAGAGGAUGUAAAAGUAGACUUUUAAGCAAUUCUUAGGUAAAAUAGAGUUUUUAUCAUUAUAACAUCUUAUUUGCAUUUCUUAUAUACCCUUUUUUAAAGAGGGCAAAAUGAAAGUACUUUUAUUUAUUUAUUUUUUAAUAUAGCAUUUUAUUUUCAUUUCUUAUUCAAAAUAAUAAUUUACUUUUGAAAUGUUUCUUAUUAAAUGUUGGC